UCAGCAAGGAACCAGUUCUGAACCGGAGUGCGACCUGACGUGAAAAAGUGUAUCACAUCACAUAACAUUUCGUAUUAAAUUGGAACGUAAAUUAAUUCCCCGUCAAGUCAGGAGUUGUUUCCGGAAAAAACGAGUGCCGUGGUGUGGCGUUAAGGUGGGAACGUCAAGAAGGAGCACUCCCAAAUCGAAACGAAAGAAUCCAACAUCCCCCGCAUGCGAUUGAUUGUUUGAUUGAAAGCACGAGACCACGAGUUUUUGGGGAUGCACUCGUCACUCAACUGGACCUCGCGCCUGAUCUCGCGCGCCUUGCGCAGCAGCUUCUCAACGCUUCUGGAGACGGCCACAGGCGGUGGAGGAGGGGCAGCCGCAAAAGGGGCCGCUAAAUCGGGGGCAGGAUCAGGAUCCUCGAGCAACCCCCGACCCCGUUUCGUGUCCGUGGUGUGCGGUUUCGCCAAGGACAACCUGCGACACAAGUACAAACCGGGUAAAUACGGCGAGGACUCAUGGUUCAAGGCCUCGACAGCAAGUGCCGACGUAAUGGGCGUGGCUGACGGCGUGGGCGGCUGGCGAAGCUAUGGCAUCGAUCCCGGCGAGUUCUCCUCGUUUCUGAUGCGGACCUGCGAACGCCUAGUGCAGUGCAGCCAUUUUAAUCCCCAGCGACCAGUUAACUUGCUGGCAUACAGCUAUUGCGAGCUAAUGGAGCAGAAAAAGCCCAUCCUCGGCAGCAGCACUGCCUGCGUUCUGAUUCUCAACCGCGAGACGAGCACCGUGCACACGGCCAAUAUCGGGGAUAGUGGCUUCAUUGUGGUGCGACAGGGUCAGGUGGUGCACAAGUCAGAGGAACAGCAGCACUACUUCAACACCCCCUUCCAACUUUCGCUGCCGCCGCCAGGUCAUGGCCCGAAUGUCCUCAGUGACAGUCCUGAGUCAGCGGACACCAUGAGUUUUCCGGUGCGAGAUGGUGAUGUGAUCCUCAUCGCCACGGAUGGAGUGUUCGACAACGUGCCCGAGGAUCUGAUGUUGCAGGUGCUCAGUGAGGUGGAGGGUGAACGCGAUCCCGUCAAGCUACAGAUGACGGCCAACAGCCUGGCGCUGAUGGCGCGCACCCUGUCUCUCAACAGCGAGUUCCUCUCGCCCUUCGCCCUCAGCGCCAGGAGAAAUAACAUUCAGGCGCGAGGCGGCAAGCCGGACGACAUCACCGUUGUCCUGGCCACCGUGGCCAUGUGAGAGCGGUGCCCCAACCCCUCCCUAGUGAUUAACGUUUACUUGUAGUCCGUACGUGUUUAGUUAGCUUUAGGAGCCUGUUCUGUGGUUCUGUCUACCGUUUAAGCUGCAUGUUGAGAUUGAGAUCGUGGAUGACGAUGAUGAAGACGACACAAUGACGCAACGACGAACCUUUGACCCCAUGAAUUGUUAGUUACAUAUAUACAUACGAGCCAACUCAUUUUGAACCGACGAACUUCGACGCAUCCUGGUGAGCGACCCCCGCUUUGGUGGUAUACAUAACCCUCGCUAUAAGUAGAGAAAUACGAAUUAUCUGCCCGGGCGAUCUCUGUCGUCAGUGGCAUUCUAAUCACCACAAACAAUAAACAAACAACCGAUUGCGAAACAAACCCCUACGUCGAGGAUCACGAAUACGAGUCCGGGAUCUGGAUGGUGGACCCAGAGGAAACGAACGGAGUUGAGUGCAGCUAUCUGACUGAGGACUGUGGAUUAGCCAUUUAUCCAGGCGAACGAACUGUCUUUAAAAAAUUUAUGUCGAAAUGUACUCACUGAUAUUUGCGACCCAAUAAAAUUAUUCAAUGAAAAACAACGAA